GCCAAUAGUUCACCCUCAGACAGAUUGGAAACUGACGGUGGCGCCACAGCACCACAUUCCUCGUCAAAGCAGCAGCACCUAAUAUCGGGUCUUCUUGCUACAAUAUACAAGGACUACUGAAGUGGUGUAAUGGGUAACUCCCAGUCUGACCAGGAGGGCUAUUCAUCAGGGUCUAAUCAUGGGUAUGUCUAUGAAUAUGACAUGACCCCAGCCCAGCCACGGAACAGGAAGAAGCCAAUGAAAAGAUCCAAGAAUGCCCAAGAUAGGCACAAUAGAUGGUAUGCCAGCCAGCCAGUCAUUCAGGUACAAAAUGAGCCUACCAGAGCAAACUUCAGCACCCGAAGACAACAAAACUCUCAACCACCAACCAGAAUGCAGCAAAAGACUCAAGUAUCAAUCAAAGGACAACAAAACAAUCAACCAUCAACCAGAAGACAAGAAAACACUCAACAAUCAUCCACAAGACAACAAAACACUCAACCAUCAACCAGAAGAAAGCAAAACACUCAACUAUCAACCACAGGACAACAAAGCACUCAAUCAGCCAGACGACAGCAAAACACUCAACUAUCAACCACAGGACAACAAAACACUCACCUAUCAAUCACAAGCACUAUAGCAAUUCCAGCCACAUCCCAAAGUUCAUCUUACGGCAGCUUACAGCACCAAGAUGAUCUUGAAUUCCAUCAGCCAGCUUCCCUGAAUGCGGUACACCAUGCUAACAACUAUGUGAUCCCGGCAGCUGAUUCUAAGGAGAGAAAAGACCCCUGGGACAUCUCACCAUGUCAAAGUGGACUGCAGAACCAGGAGUUGCGAAUAUGUCCUCAGUAUAAUGGACAUGGCUGUGUGACUGAGCCAUGCAGGAGACUUCAUGUUUGCUUCUUCUGGGCCACAAAGACAUGCAUGAAAACUUACUGCAACUGUUACCACUCUCUUGACUCAAUGCACAAUAGGAGGCUCAUUGAAGCUUGUGCAAUGAAGCCAGAGUUAAUGCUGGAUAAUUCUAGAGGCACGUCACUUGUGCCUGAGGAGCUACAAAUCUGUCUGUUUAGUGUGUUAAAGAAAUGUUCAAAGAGAGGUUGCUCCAGAGUACAUUCUACAAAAAGUUACCUGUGGGAGGUCAAGGAUAACAGUGGAUGGAUACAAAUGUCACACAAACAGAAUGACUACUUAGAACUGAUGUACAGUCAUCCAUCUAAGGAGCAAGUGGAUCUAAUUCCUAUUGAAAUUGACAUUGGUAAUAGAAAUUUACAAAGACUUGCUGAUCUCCUUUCCAAAGAAACUUCAUGGUCUGUUGACUUGGAAGCCUUCAAGCUGAAUGGAACUUCUUCUGUGCAUGAAAUUAGAAGACUCUCCACUGUCUCGGAUCUGACUUCCAGAGUCCCUGUGGCUACUCGAUGGGUUUGGUACUGGCAGGAUGAUGAUGGCUGCUGGGAACCUUAUCUUGAGGGUGCUCAGAAAAAAUGUUAUUAUGUGGCUCUUAGUGACCACUUGGAGUACAUUCUACAAGCACAAAACAUUAGGUUUGUUACUAUUCAUAUCAAGGAGCACUCUUACACUAUUGAUGGCAAGGAAAUGACGCAAACCAACCUAACCACCGGAAGGACACGAAGGGUCCGCAGGAGGCCAGCUUACACCCUGGUUUGUAAGAAGAGUGUCAAGUUUGAUGAUCUGUUCUUGACCCAACCCACUACAAAGAAAUACCUGAAGCUUCCAGUAGUUCCUCUGAGCUCAGAAUUCAUAUUUGUGGAGAAUCUAUUGAAGCAGACCCUGGCAGGACUCAAGGUUGCAAACAUACACAGAAUUCAGAAUAACCACUUGUGGAAGGUGUACCAAAAUAAGAAGCGCUUCCUGAUCUCUCUUAACAAUGGGGAUACCAUGGCCAUAAAUGAGCAGUACCUCUUCCAUGGCACCAGUCAUGAAGCUGUCGACCAUAUCUGUGCAGAAAACUUUAACUGGAGGCUGUGUGGCACCAACGUAGGCCACUUGUAUGGCCAAGGAACAUACUUUACUAACUUGGCCAAGUUGGCUCACACAUAUGGCAAGAGUAAUAAGACAGACAAAAAAGUUAUGCUGGUGGUCCUCGUGCUGGUUGGAAAGAUGACAGUAGGCCAUGUCAAUAUGAGCUUUCCACCAAUGAAUGCAUCUACUGGGAGGAAUUAUGACACUACCUGUGAUAAAGAAACCAAUGCCUCUAUCUUUGUUAAGUAUGACAGGGAUGAAUAUUACCCAGCUUAUAUUGUGAAAUACAGUUGUGCCUCAUGAUAUGUCUGGUGUAGGACACAAAGGGUAUGCAGGUCAGCCUGUUUUGCUGGAAGAAUGUUGAAUUUGACGAGCUGUUCUAGACCCAACCCACUAUAAAUGAAUUUCUAAAAGUUCCAGUAGUGCCUAGUUUCCUCAGUUUUAUCUUCUGUUAAGGUUUCUUGAGGACUUAAUUGCAAGGUUGUUAUAAAUGGAGCUAUUCACUGAAACGAUUGUUGUAGUUGACACUUUUUUUUUCCCCUUCUCAAAUUCUGAUGAAAAUACAGAUUGGCUUAAUGGAUAACUACUCAAAUUUCAUCAGGUGUUACCUUGGUAUCAGAUGAAUAUUGAACUGUUAGAAUUUAAAUACCACAAGAUACUGAGCUUAGAUUCUCACUAAGGUAACUGAGGCAAGGUGCCCAAAAAGACACUCUGAACCAUUCUCCAAGGCUAAAUUCCAAACUGUUUUAGCCCCUAAUUCUAUGUAUUUGGGGAUUAGGGACAUAGGACUCAAUACCAGUCAGGUAGUUGAAGGCACCAUCAUGGCAGUACUUCCCUCACCAAACUCACUGCCUCCCACACCUAGCCAGCCUAAGCCUAGUUUUACAUCUCACUUUUGUGAGCUUUUAUUAUUUUCUUAAUGUAUUCCUACUAAAGCUUGUAAUUGAGGCUACACACUGCUCAUAGGCAUAUAUUGUUAUAGUAAUGUAAUACAGAACUGUAUACUGAGAUGAGAAUCUGUGAACAGUGAGCUAUGAAUCAUAAAUAUCCAUCUAUGCACUGGUGGCAUGUUGUCCAUCAGCACUAUCAGUGCUAUCUGCGAUGAAAUAAAAACAAGAAAAUAUGGGAAGCUAAAGGAAGCUAUCAGGCCUACAUGUGACAGUCCCUGUAUGAAUUUUCUGUUUAUCUAAAAUUGUCAACUAAAAUUUACUUAAAUGGAAAUUAAUUUCUCUAAGCAGCACUAUACUUUUUUUUUUUUAAUGGUCCAAGUUUGUAGCUUCACUAUACAAAACUGCCAUUUGUGACCAGUGUAUUAUAGCAGUUUUAGAUUAAAGAAAAAAAUAAAAAUAAAUAAAUAAAAAAAAAAAUAAUAAUAAUAAUAAUAAUCUCAUUUCAUUAUCACACAAGCAGAAUCAAGAAAGAAAAUGAAGAAUCAAGUGUAAGGUUUCAGUUGUAUCCUCUUAUAGAAUUAAGUACACAGAAUCUUCUAUUUGGAGGACUUCAUCAGUGAAGCACUAUCCAAUAAAUGGUCAAACAUUGUAUAAUUUUUUUGGGAAUUAUAUGAUAUAAGAGGUCCUUGAUGUAAUGUAGGCUUAGUUUGUUACUUCAGUAUAUGGGUUUGAGCAAAUUGUACCAGCAAGUUGGUGCUGCCUCAUAUAGUGUCUUGGAGUUGCACUACUGCUACAUAAUUCCACUGGGAGCACUGUCCUGUACAAAUUGUUUGGGUAGUGUCCAUUUCCUUCACUUUAAGAAACACAGUACACACAAGAAAGAUGGUUGGACAUUCCAAAACACUAACAAAGUUGCUCUGUAAGGAAUAUGUAAAAAAUACUAUAGAUAAUACAUAACUUUUUUUCUUUUCAUAAUUUCAAUGAAUCCCUAAUGUGUUCUUUAGUUUUGCUUCAAUAUCUGAUUGGUUAAUGAGAUUUCAGUGAUAGUAAGGAUAACUUAGAUGUAUUAUUAUAUCUGCUGCCUGAAAAACAAACUUCUUCCAUGCUCAUUUGAUGAUUUCAAUUAGUGUUUUGUUUUUCUGGAAGACAACUGCAUAGGCAGACAAUAGUGUACAUUUACUACAUAUCUUCCUUAUCAAUCUUCAUUAUUCUAGACCUUCUGCACAAGGAACACUACAUUCUGUGACAUGUUUGAAUGAUAAAUACCCAUUGCUGUAAGUGACAAGAAAAUAAAAGUUGCCACAAA